AUGAAAGUUAUCUUAACUGUUUUAUUAUUUGCAGCCAUCAUCAGUUGCUGUUCAGCAAAGAAACCACCCAAGUACAUUAACUAUGUGCCACAUGACGGAAUAAAUUGCACUGGUCCAAUUAGUGGUCAUGGAACCAGUUAUCUUUUAGAUAAAUGUAUCCCAUUCGAAUAUUAUGCCUUAAAGUAUAGCAUUGUCAAUGGUAGUCUUCAAAGUUAUUUCUAUAUGACUCAAAACUGUACCGGUCAAUUCAGUGUUAGCGCUAGUAGUUUGGACACUUGCUACCGUUUCAGAAACGGAUAUGUCACCAACCCAUACUUCUAUGCUUACUUGUCUGCUACCAAGAAGGCAAUCAAGCCACCAAAGCAACAGUUGACUCUCUACAUGAAGUCAUACGACCAAAGCAACACCAGAUGCAAGAAGGAUUUCAACUGGUCCAAGUACGUCACCAACGGUACCUCAUGGUUGUUGAUCAAGGACAUCUCUGAGACCUUGUACUGCAACUCUCAGAAUCAACCAAUCGAGUUGAUCUGCAACACCACCUCUGCUGAGUGUUUCGACACCAACAAGUAUGCCGACUGUGAUCCAUUCCCAGAGCAAUUGUCCAACCUCGUUGCCAAAUGCAAAGGUCCAAACCCACAGUACAACGACGACUCUGACAGUGAAGACGAAGACGAACAAUCUUUCCAACCAAGCUUGUUAAAGGUCGCUCAAAAAACUGUAACCAAAGAUUUCAAUCUUGAAGCAUUCAGCAACUUUUAUUCUCCAUUGACUUCCAUUCCAUCAUUAAAAGUUUAA